AUGGUCAACAACCCUGCGGCCGCCAGGGCCUCGUCUGGGUCUCAGAUUACGUUGUCGGCGAUGCACCGAGAUCGAUUCGUCAACGUCAACGACCUUGGGGCUUUGGGAUGCUUGAGCAUCCAGGGAGCCUUGGCCUGCAAUCCCCACUUCAGGAUUCACGCAUUCGGGAUUAUCGAUGUCAAGUGA